AUGUCUGAUACACCGAUGGAUAAUAAGAAUAGUCCAGGUGAUAAGACUAAUAAUAUUGAUAAUAUUUUAAACCAAGGAAAAUUUGAACAGGAUAUACCACAAGAAUCAUCAUUAGUUGGAUCUCUUUUCAAUAAGAAUACAUCAUUAUCAACUGCAGAUGCAGCUAUAAAGAUGUCACAUUCACCUUCGCUUCUAGGGACUAAUCAUUCACAAAAUCAGGAUAUUACAAAUUUAAAUAAUGUUGAAACUUUAUCAUUAAAGGAUAAUAAUACAACUGUAUUUAGUCCAUUUCAAAGAAAUUAUGGUAAAUCUGACUCUUCAAAUCAUACAAGCUUAAAUAAAAAUGUAUUACCAAUAACUCCAGAUAGUAAUAAUAGUUCACCAAAUGAUAUACAAAUAAAUAGAACAAAUCCUAAAAUAAGAGGCCAUUCCAGUUUAAAUCAAUCAUUAACAAGUUCACCUGAAAGAGAGUCACCUGUUGAAAUUGAUAUAGAUGGUGAAUAUGUUUGCCAUUAUUGUGAUGCAAGAUUUAAAAUGAGAGGUUAUUUAACACGUCAUAUUAAGAAACACGCUUUAGAAAAAGCUUACCAUUGUCCAUUUUUUAAUACUGAUAUCAAUAAGGAGGAUAGAUGUCAUGCAACAGGUGGAUUCAGUAGAAGAGAUACCUAUAAAACACAUAUGAAAGCACGUCAUUUCACAUACCCAGAUGGUGUUAAACCUGCUGAUAGAAAUAAGUAUGGUGGUCAUUGCAACGCUUGUAAUGAAUACUUUUCAAGUGCUAACGUAUGGAUUAAAGAACAUAUUGAAAAUGGUCAAUGUAAGGGACUUCCAAAGGAAUAUUUAGAACAAUUACCAUCGCAGGAUUCUAAACAAAAGAUAACAAAUAGAUUAAAAAUGAUUAAAACCUCAACGGGACAUGCUCGUUAUAUCUCUACGAUGGAAAGUGUUGUUGAACCAAAUGUAUUAUUAAAUAAAGAGGCACUUGAAGCAAUGGUCAUUGUAGCUAAAAAUACAAACAGAAAUGAUGUUUUAUCUAAAUUUGGAGAUGAUAAAUUAAUUCUAAAUUCAGAUAAUUUCAAAGGUUAUAAAAGACCUAAGAGGAAAUACAAGAAAAGAACUCCCAAAAUUAAAUCAUCCGAAUCAAGUGCUACACCUGUCGAUAUGACACAAUCGUCUGUAGUUUCAUCUACUGUAGAGACACCCAAUAUCGACAGCCCAAUUAACACUCCUCAAACAUUUGCAGAGACUUCUUCUUCAUUUAAUUACAAAGAGAACCAUAGUUUGGAAUAUCACAAUACUCAUUUUAAUAAAAACAACAAUAACAACAAUAAUAAUACAAUGCAUAUUGAUGAACAACAACAUCAACAUCAACAUCAACCUGACAACCAUACCAAUUUUAAUAAAGAUGGUAUGAACAACGAUUAUCAAACUGAUAAUAUCAGCAUAGAGAUAAGUCCGAAACAAAUCGUAGAAGAUCAAGGAUUGAAUUCUGAACCAAUUCCAUUGGAAUCAUAUGCAUAUCCAUCCGCUGUGAUGCAGCAAUCAGAAAAUCAUUAUCACAAUAGUAAUAUUAAUAACAAAUUUGAAGUAUUUCCUCUAGAUUCUGAACAACAGUCAUAUUUUGUUGACGUAAACGAAGACGAUCAACUCCAUGAAAUCAACGAUAAAAUUUCUAUCAAUAAAACACUCGAUGAACAGUACAUUCCCGAGAAAAUUAAUCAAACUCAACUUGAAGAGACAAGAGAGUAUUUAAAAUUUUAUAACGAUUUCUUUGGGUCUGGCGUAUAA